AUGCCCUGUGCACUGCGCGUAGAUACGUUCGCAGCGGCUUCUCCGAUGGCCUCGGAGUCUGACGUCGCGAACAGGCUGGUCGGGCUGAUCGAGAGGCGCGUCAGGUUCAUCGAGGCGCAGGCCACCGCUGGCAUAGACCGCGAGAGCCUGUUGUCAGCUCAGUGCGGUGCGAUAGUCAGCGAGAUCAUGCAGGAGCACGUCAUGGAUGAGGACGCGGCCACAGCAAUCACCUCGGCCAUCACUCGAGGCCCGUGGUCCGACGGGCAGAAGCUUCAAUUAGCCAGCGCCUUGCAGGAAGCAGUGGCCAAACCUUUGAAGGGCAAGAAGUCUAAGCGCGACCAGCAGCACUGCAUGUCGCUGGAGCGCUUCUUCACGGCUCCUGAUUGGCACCUGCUCCGCAAUCCCAACUUGGCAGAGGGGCCGAAAAUCCAUUGCAUCGCGCACCGCAUGUGGAGGCUGGGCAUCACGUGCCCAGCGGAGCGCACCCAGAAGCGGGCCGCUGCAAUCCUGCAGGACCCGACCAUGCUGCCAGCGCAGGUCAUGCAGUUCGCCUACGAGGGGACUGAUGGCCCCGUGGAGUCCCAGGUUGAUUUCGAGCACAUGGAGCGGCUGGUGAGGCCGAUGCCGUCGCGCAAGAGCCACACGGCAUCGGGUCGAGCUGUUGAUCAUCAGUUGAUGGCGGCGCGGCCCCAGCCCGCCGUUGGGCAAGUGCAGGACCCCCUGGGCGCCAUCUGGAUCGCCAUGCUGCGAAACCCGUCGCUCAUCAUGGAGGUGCAGCAGAUGAUCAACGACCUCGUGGGCACGAACCUCCAGCGCGACGUGAGUGGCAACCCCUUGCUCGGCACCAGGCCCAGGGGCGUUCGUACUGGUGAAUCGGCGAGCAGUGGUAGCCCUGUGAUGGGGUCGCCGCUGUAUGGCCAGGCGUCGGCGAUGCCCGCUGCUGCUGCUGGCCCUGUUCCGCUGGCUGAUGCCGCCGCCGCGCCUGAUGGCGCCGCGGACGGCAUGGGCGAGGCGGCAGCACUGGAGAAGGCGAUGGCCGAUGCAGCCGAGGCCGCUGGCCGUGGCAAGGCUGCUGGUGUCGGGCGCUGCCCCAAGCGCCCGAUGAAGCGCGCGGGCAAGACAGCUGCGGCCGCCGCCGGGGCCGAUGAUGAUGGCGAGGCGGAGGAGGGGGAUGACGCGGGCGCGCGC